CCUCUCACUUGAACCACCAAGCAAAUCAACCAUCGACGAAACACAAGCAAAAACAGGCAGUUAAUUACUUGUAUACACAAAUUCUAGCACAACACCAUGGCCGGAGGAGAUGACCUGAAGCUGAUCGGCGCAUGGCCAAGUCCAUUUGUGACCAGGGUGAAACUUGCACUGAGCUUCAAUGGCCUGAGCUUCGAGAAUGUCGAGGAGGACAUCAGCAACAAGAGCGAGCUCCUCCUCAGCUCCAACCCGGUGCAUAAGAAGGUGCCCGUCCUCCUCCACAAAGGGAAGCCCAUUUGUGAGUCCGUAGUCAUCGUGCAGUACAUCGACGAGGCGUUCGCUGGGACCGGUCCCUCAUUGCUUUCCUCCGACCCCCAUGAACGUGCUGUAGCGCGCUUCUGGGCCGCCUACAUCGACGACAAGCUUGUUGCUUCGUGGAUGCAAUCGUUCAGGGGCAAGACGGAGGAGGAGAAGUCCGAGGGGACUAAGCAGAUGUUUGCUGCAGUGGAGACCUUGGAGGGAGCCCUGAGGGAGUGCUCCAAAGGGGAGGAAUACUUCGGCGGCGAGAGCGUCGGACUCGUCGACGUUUCGCUGGGGAGCCUGCUCUCGUGGCUGAAGGCGACCGAAGUGAUGUCCGGGGCCAAGAUCUUUGACCCUGUUAAGACUCCGCUCCUAGCGGCAUGGGUGGAGCGCUUCGGUGAGCUUGACGGUGCAAAGACGGCCUUGCCAGACGUCGACAGGGUGGUGGAGUUCGCCAAGAUGAGGCAGGCACAGGCUGCAGCGGCCGCUGCAGCUUCUGAGAACUAGUAAACUAAGUCAGCAUGGGGACAUGACUCGUGAGUCGUGACUCCCAUUUGAUAGGAAAUGCAUAUGUUUCCCUCCGAAAUAAAGUCACUUAUUUUACAGUA